CCCAAUCGAAACUAAAACCCUACGCUGCUGUUUCACUGUAAACCAAAUUCCUUCCCUCCGCUCCCAUCGGUUUCCAUUGUCUCUGUGUCACUUCUCACACCAUGUAUAGAGUAGCUGCAACUAUAGCUUCUUCAAUCAGUUCUGCUACAUCAAAGAAGCUGGCAUGUGGUAGGAUCCUCAGCCGAAACUAUGUUGCAAAGGAGAUCAAUUUUGGGACUGGAGCUAGGGCAGCAAUUCUACAGGGUGUUUCUGAGCUUGCUGAAGCAGUUAAAGUCACGAUGGGACCAAAGGGCCGUAAUGUGAUUAUUGAGAAAAAUCGUGGGGAUCCUGUAGUCACCAAAGAUGGUGUUACUGUUGCUAAAAGCAUCAAAUUCAAAAACAAAGCUAAAAAUGUUGGUGCAGAUCUUGUAAAGCAGGUUGCUAAAGCCACCAAUUCUGCAGCAGGAGAUGGUACAACUUGUGCUACUGUCCUGACCCAGGCAAUACUAUCUGAAGGAUGUAAGUCGGUGGCUGCUGGUGCAAAUGUAAUGGAUCUGCGCCAUGGUAUUAAUAUGGCAGUUGAUGCUGUGCUCACUCACUUGAAAAGCAGGGCAGUGAUGAUAAGCACGCCAGAAGAAAUUACACAGGUGGCAACCAUCUCUGCAAAUGGUGAACGUGAAAUAGGGGAACUGAUAGCUAGGGCAAUGGAGAAAGUUGGCAAGGAAGGAGUCAUUACUGUUGCGGAUGGAAAUACUUUGGAUAAUGAAUUGGAAGUGGUGGAAGGGAUGAAACUAGCUAGGGGAUAUAUAUCUCCCUAUUUUAUUACCGAUGUUAAGAUUCAAAAAUGUGAACUGGAAAAUCCCCUGAUCCUCGUACAUGACAAGAAAAUUUCAGAUAUGAACUCUCUUGUCAAAAUUUUGGAGCUGGCUGUAAGGAAAGAUAGACCCCUGCUAAUUGUGGCUGAGGAUGUUGAGAGCGAUGCACUGGCGAUGCUUAUACUCAACAAACACCGUGCUGGAGUUAAGGUUUGUGCCAUUAAGGCUCCUGGUUUUGGAGAAAACAGGAGAGCACACUUGGAUGAUCUAGCCAUUCUUACAGGAGGAGAGGUCAUCACUGAAGAUCGUGGGAUGACUCUGGACAAAGUCCAACUUGAAAUGCUUGGUACUGCCAAAAAGGUCACUGUCUCGCUUGAUGACACUAUUGUACUACAUGGUGAUGGUGACAAGAAGCUUAUUGAAGAACGGUGUGAACAGCUUAGGACAUCCAUUGAGAAAAGUACUGCGACAUUUGACAAGGAGAAAGCACAGGAGCGGUUGUCAAAGCUAUCUGGAGGUGUUGCAGUAUUCAAGGUUGGAGGGGCUAGUGAGGCAGAAGUUGGGGAAAGAAAGGACCGGGUCACAGAUGCUUUAAAUGCUACACGGGCAGCUGUGGAAGAGGGUAUUUUGCCAGGUGGUGGUGUUGCCCUCCUGUAUGCUACAAAGGUGCUGGAGAACAUUCAAACACCAAACAGUGAUCAGAAAAGAGGAGUCGAAAUAAUCCAGAAUGCUCUCAAGACACCCACAUUCACAAUAGCUGAAAAUGCUGGUGCUAAUGGGUCAAUGGUUCUUGGAAAACUGUUGGAACAGGAGGAUCUUAACCAUGGCUAUGACGCUGCCAAAGGUGAGUACGUUGACAUGGUGAAGACUGGAAUUAUAGAUCCUCUCAAAGUAGUGAGAACAGCCUUAGUGGAUGCUGCCAGCGUCUCUUUGCUAAUGACAACUACAGAGGCAGCUAUUGUUGACCACCCAGAUGCAAAGAGCACGGUUCCUAGUCGCAUGCCAAAUAUGGAUGAUAUGGAUUACUGAUGCUCGUCAUGUAUCUCACAGUUUUAAGACUCUG